AGCGCGCGUCAACUGGCCAUGCCGUGUGCCUGCGGCUUCCAAGUUACUGAUUGGUGAAUGGGUUAGUUUGAGAAGAUAUCGUAAAUUUGCCGCGUGGUGUAGAGGUUGUGAGCAAUCUGGGGUCAAGUAGUGGCGGAGUAUUGUGAACUGGCUCCCACUGUCAACGUCACUCGGCUCCUUCGUGCCCAAUUUCUCAAUACUUAAGACAUGAAAGCGACUCGGUCAUCAAAAGAAACAUAUCUCCGACAGAUUUAGCCCAGGCUCUGCCAUUAAUCUUUUCACUUUCGGCUCCCACGUUGUUCUGCCACUUUCCACUUUCGGACAUGCAGGAGCUCUACGCCACUACGAACCUUCAUGUCUUAGUUGGCGUUGACUGCAGUUGGCCAUUAACUGGACGACGAAUUGAACAUGAUCAAGUUAGCCCUAGCCUACAAAACUGGAGUUUCGAGCUACCAUUUUAUUACACCCUUAUGGCGCCGUUUAUUCUGUCACCUCCUCGGCCAUGGUCUCCCCCGCAAUCGUGUUUCGGUCCGAUAGCCAUGGGCCAGAGGCGAACCUAUCCGUCACAAAAAUCAUUCAAACUGGGUUCUAUCUUUGGCAGUUCAGCAGGUACUCAAAACAUAAUGCGCUCCGAGGUUCAACAUAUGUUGAACUUAUCCGACAGUGGUACGGAAAGUUUUCACUCAGGUAGCCUUUUGUCACCACCGAUAGCGGGUAAAAUAACAGCAUAUCUUUAUUAUCUAACAUAUGAUGCACAUAUAUUAGAUAUAUGAUAUAAUAGUGCUAUAUAUGUGUAUCCUGGUCG